GGCCGAAAUCUUGCGCGUUCGGCCAAUCGGCGGAUGUUGUCAACCGGCUUCCAGCCGAGCGCAGUCGGUCGACAACCACCGACGACGACGACGACGACGACUCGAUUCCACCGUCGUCGACAAUCGCGAUGAAGAUGGCCGCCGAGGUGAGGUGGCUCCUGGCUUUUCUACUGUCAUGCGUCGUCCCGUUUUGCCGCGGCGAGAUGCCGCAUCGGAAGUUCGAGUACAAGUACUCGUUCAAGCCGCCGUACCUCGCGCAAAAGGACGGCAGCGUACCGUUCUGGGAAUACGGCGGCAAUACCAUUGCUAAUGCAGAAAAUGUCAGAGUAGCACCAUCACUUAAAAGUCAAAAAGGUGCAAUAUGGUCAAAGCAGCCAAUAACUUUCGAUUGGUGGGAAGUAGACUUAGUAUUCCGUAUAAGUGGACGGUCAAGGAUAGGAGCAGAUGGUUUAGCAUUCUGGUACACGACUGCCAAAGGAGCCUACAACGGCACUGUUUUCGGCAGUUCGGAUCUUUGGACAGGCCUGGGAAUUUUCUUCGAUUCGUUCGAUAAUGACAAUAAACAUAAUAAUCCAUAUAUUAUGGCUGUUAUUAACGAUGGCACAAAGAUCUUUGAUCAUGCAAAUGAUGGCUCUACGCAGCAGUCGGCAGGUUGUUUGCGAGAUUUCCGCAAUAAACCGUUCGCUACGAGAGCGCGAAUAGAAUAUUAUAAAAAUACGUUAACGUUGCUGUUUCAUAAUGGUAUGACAAAUAGUGAUCAAGAUUACGAAACGUGCUUUCGGCUUGAUAACAUCGUAUUACCGAGAAAUGGAUACUUUGGUGUUUCCGCUGCAACUGGUGGCUUGGCCGACGAUCAUGAUAUCUUACAUUUUCUAACCCUUUCUCUGUAUCCUCCCGGACAGUUACCAGUUGAUGGGCAUAAAGUUUCUUUAGAGGAACAGGCUAAGCUUCAACAGGAAUACUUAGACUACCAAAAGAAACUAGAUGAACAGAAAGAGGAAUAUCGCAAAGAACAUCCAGAUAAGUUUAACAAACAGGAAUACGAAGAAUACUAUGAAACCGAAAGCCAGAAGGAAUUACGGCAGAUAUUCAAUGGACAGAGUCAAAUGUUCGAUGCCUUGCGUGAACUUAACAAGAAAUUAGAUGAAAUCGUUGGAAGGCAAGAGAGAGCAUUAAGCUUGAUAUCACAAAUUCAACCGGGUCAAGCAGUUAUGAACGGUCAACCAGGACAGCAACCUGUACUGAUUGACACCAUACGCCGGCAGGAAGUCGAGGCUGUACUGAAUAAUCAAAAUAUCAUAAUAAAUGCAGCCAGUGAGAUUAGGUCAUUUAUGGGAGAACUUCAUACCAAGACUGAAUCUAUUCUUAACAAUCAAGCGCGCGCUCCGACAGCACAGGUGCAACCAAUGGGAUAUGAUCAGCAGUCGUUUAUGGCAGAGAUACGAGAUGGGAUAAAUUCGUUAAAAAAUGCUAAAACCACGGGAAAUGCAACAGAUUGUCCUAAUUGUCUAACAACCAGCAUGUUCUUGCUGUUCAUCGCGAUACAAAUGAUAAUAUUAUUGGUGUACAGCAUUUACCGGGACAAUAAAGAGGCGCAAAUGAAAAAACUUUAUUAAGGUACACAUUAUUCGCGGCCGGAAUUAACAAUAUAUUCUUAUUUGUGAAUUAUGUGACUCAAUAUUUUUAUUAUUCGUUUAUUCAUAUUCGCGAUCUGCAUGUUUCUCAACAUUUGUAUAAUAAAUACAUCUUUCAUCUUUGUCAGAUUGAUCUGAAAUUGUACAAUCGAAUAUUGCUCUACAAGAGGAUAAAAAAAGACAAUCUCACAUCGAUGUGACCCAUUAUUUUAAUUAAAUAUUUCCAUUUAAAUGGGAAAAGUUAUUUCCAUAUACAUAAUAAUGACACAAUUAUAGUCAUCGUCGAUACAAUUGUAGUCAUUCUAUUUUGGUAGAAUAUGUUUGGAUGAAUAGAGGAACAAUUACAAUUAAAAAUUACUUAUAAAUGAGUAAAUCUUAUAAUUUUAAGAAUUAAUUAAAGAUUAUGAGGUUCACGAGAUAUUUUCUUGUAUAUCAUUAUAUAUAUACAUACAUAUAUAUGUAUAUAUAUAUAUUUUUUAUUGUCGAGAUUGUCACGAACAUGUUUAUCAUUACACGUAAAUUGUUUUAAAAUUUCAUAUGUAAUAGCUGUAUUGAUUACUCUCUCGCGCAACUAUUUUUCAUGUAAAUUUUUGUACGAUAUUUUGUAUUACGCAUUUAGUACUUGAAUAUAUAUAUAAUUUACGUUAUUCAUAAGAACUGUUUGAGAUCAUUCGGCUGCGAAUCGAUUGCCACUAGUUGGAGGGAAGAAUUAUAUGGUGAAGCUUGCAACCCCCCAUUAUACAAUAAUGUGAUCAUUCGAUUAUUCCAUCAGAGGUUGUAAAAUAAUAUUAUGCAUCCGAAUGUGCAUUCGUAUACUUAACAAUUUAUCUUGUCACAUCAUAAAGUUGAUCGUAUGCAACGACUGCGUUUUUGAAGCUAUAGUAAGAACUCUAUUGUAUGUAUUGUAUGUAUGCAAGAUGUAUGAGUAGUAGUGAUAGUAUAUAUACAGGAAAAUGGGGAAUUUAUAAGUUCGUUGUUCUCUCCACAUCAUUGCAUUUGUAAAAGUUUAUUGAAUAUUGUAAAGAUGAUAUAUCUGAUAAUGAAAAUACAAAAAUAUAAAAACGAGAAA